AUGGGGGGCUUUAGCCUACACCCGGAAACCAUUGACAUUUUGAGUAUGAUUCCACAGGAAUUUGAGACUGAUUCCAAUGUCUUCGACAGUGACAGCAUAACACAUUCAGAGGUUCAAAGUCAGAAGUCCUCGGUUAAUACAAUAACACAAGAGUAUGUUAUCACUCCAGGAGAUAAUAAUGAUAAUGUGCAAGAGAAUAUUACACCACUAACUUUCAAGAUGCAAACUAAAAUAGAUAGAAGAACAAAACAAAAAUUAACAUUCAAUCUUAUGAAUGAUAAUAUACACAUAACCAAACAGAUUUUAGGCAGCAAUAUAGAAUCAGAAACACCUUCGAAAAUUCUAAUAGAAGCAUCACCUAUACCAAAAAUUCCUUUAACCAUGUCUAAGAGGGCGAAACAGUCAGCAGAUAUUUUGGAUUCGAAAGAGAAUAAAGAACAAAAAAAGAUAUAG